AUGAUCGAAGAAGAGGCGGCCACGAACAACCCGCGGACCGCCGCCGACCUCUUGCGUGGGGUCCGCGAGCAGGUCGCGGACAUCGACCCCGCUGCCGAGGUCGAGGACAUCGACCCCGCUGCCGAGGCAAUAAAUACCUUGCUUCACCGCGUCAUGUGGCGCUACACCAAGGCCCACAUGCAGUCGACACGCGAGGACCUGUCCGAGGGGCAACUGGUCGGCGAGGACCGGCUUCACGAGGACUUCCUCGCGCAGUUCAUGACGGGCCCGCGUCGCCACGCCUCCGGAAUCCUGACCAUCCCCAAGUCGGACUUCGGGAACCCCAAGAUCAUGCGCUUCCUGUCCCCAUACGUCGGCGGCAACGACAACCUCGUCGUGGAGGAGACCCCGGCCGAAGACGUCCACGUGGAGGACUCCGAUCUAGGCGCAUAUCUCGACGAGAUGAACUGAUCGUUGUUGUUGAUUGGUUCUUCACAAGCUCAGCAUCUGCAUGGGUCGCGGAAUUGCUGGCAAAUGUUCUCGGGCGUAGCGCUUGCUGUGGUGUUAGGUGGGGAGCAGGUUUUUGUCGCGUUCGGCAGUAAGUUUAUUUCGUCACUGUUCUUUUUCGAGCAACGCGUGAAGCGCUUGGAGAUCGAUACGCGCCGGCGUACCCUGGACGUGGUACACACAACGCAGAAAUGCUCCUCCGUGUCGCCGGGGGUAGGGACACCUCAAGUAUUGAGGUGCUUCGCGGACAAUGGGCCAAGUAGGUUCGGUCGAGCUUGAUUGAACUCAUGGAGUUUUUAGUCUGUACGCACAAUAAAGUGUCGGCAGGAGCGUGUACAUGCCAGACUGGUUGCGUGGACCUAGAGGCAUGGAGUGCAAUUUUU